AAAACACCCUUCAGCCGCUGCCAAGACUUUCAGCUGCUCUUAAAGGCACAAGGAAAGGAAAAGCGAAAGAGACACUGGGGUGGAAAUGCUCUGAGCUCAGCUCAGAGCAGUUUGUGAAAUUCUGUGGUUUUCAGGGAUUUUCUUGUUUUCUGCCUUUGCUGGUAAAAUGGGCUGUUGGGGUAGGUUGAUCAGCAGAGAGAAAGGAGACCUUGGGACAUAGAAGUUGCCCCACUGCAGGAGCCGUUGCAGUGAGCCUUUGCAUUCUUCAUCUUCCAAGGUCAUCAUCAUGGAUGCUCUUCUGACAUUGUUUUCCAUUUCUCUACUUCUUACGACAGUUUGUUUAGAGACACAAAAAAAUACAAGGAACGAGAAGUUUCCUGACACAUCAACUCCAGUUGAAGUGAUGCUGAAACCUCAGAGCCAAGAAUCCAAGGAUGCAGAAACAACAAUACUUCCAUCUGUUGGUGCCUCCUUGGCAUGUGAAACAUGUUUUGCCAAUAGGAAUAGUUGCCUGAGUGGAAAAGAGGUGUGUGAAUCUGGUGAGGACAUCUGUGCCAUCGGAUUGACUGAAACCUCCAAAGGAGGGAAAACCAUGUCAACUAUAGAAAAAGGCUGCUAUUUCUCUGAAAACUGCACCUCUGCAUCUGUUUUGGUGACCUUUGGCCAUGGAGAGUUCCUCAGGAAAAAGAUCCUAUGUUGCAUAGGAGAAGAUUGCAAAGAAGAUUCUCCUCCAUGGCCACCAAUAAACAUGACAGCCAAUGGAAAAUACUGCCCAGCCUGCUAUUCCGAGUCUGCGCCAUGCUCUGUGAAGAUAGCCCAGUGCACUGGAUCUGAAAAUCACUGCCUGGAUUUGACAGAGCAUAAAUAUCCUGAAAAGAGCAUUACCCUGCAGGGCUGCACAACUGAGCCUAUCUGCAAUGCUUUAUGUUCUGGGAAAUUGGACUUCUUUGGUAUGGAUAAUGCCAACACCUCUGUUAACUGCCGGCCAGCCAGCCAGGUGUCCCAGCCUACAGGAUGUCUCCUCCUCUCUCUCUCUGGGCUCCUGCUGAUGAAGGUCCUCUUGUGAUGCACCUUUUGGGAGAAGCAGCCAUUGAAGGUUCUUCGUUUUGCCUUCUCAGAAAGAAGAGUGAUUGCUUUUCAGGCCAAUAGAAAAUAAAACUGGUCUUUCAUCAAGUCAAAUGUUUGAUUCCACUAGCUGUUUUCUCUAUACUGACCAGCAAAACACCUCCAGAGGAGAUGCUGGGACUUGAAUUAGGACCUUCUUCUUACCAAUGAGGAACAGUUUGCUAAUUCAUGAAUACACAGAAGCAAAAGUUCAGCUGUAUUUAAUAGGGGUGUGCAAGGCACAGUAUCAUCCAAGGUGAUAAAACAUUCCUUCUUCUGAA